GCCGCACCUCGGGGUGCAGGCUCCCGGGGGGGCCGGCGGGGGGCAUGCCACAAUGCCCCGAUGGCCUGCCGCAGUCCUCGCCGCCCUGGCGGGCGCCCUGGCCGCACGGCCCUGCGCCGGGGAGCGCGCGCCCUCCGCCGCCGCCGGCGCGGCGGAGGCGGGCGACGCAGGUGCGCCGGAGUGUCUGCUCCCCUACCUUCAGCUGAUGCAGUCCAACCUUCAGCUGACCCAGCCGUCGCCGGCAGCGCUGGGCCGGGCGGCUGGUGGCACCCCGUGGCUGCAGCCACCGGCCUCGCUGCUCGGGAGCGAAGCGGCGCGUGCAGCCGCGGAGUCGUUCACCGGAGGGCUCGCCGUGCUGUUCGCGGCGGCGGUGCUGCUGCUUGGCAUGCUCGCGCUGUACUACUUUGAGCAGGGCACGGACCAGCGCCUCAGCCACUGGCAGCUCUUCGAGGCCAAGUCGGAGGACCUCGCCACCUCGUCCUCCAGCCUGCCGCCGCGGGCGCCGCCGGAGAAGCCCGGGGCGCCCGACAGCUCCGACAGCAGCGAGAACUCGCCCGGCGGCGGCGGAGCCGCUGCGCCGGCGACGCAGGAGGGCCCCCCGCCCAUAUGCCCGAGGCUCAUCCUGGCGAGCACCACCGCGCGCUUCCAAGUCGCCACGAGCAGUCUGGCCAACCCCGGCGGGGUGCUGGAGCUCAAGGGGGCGACCGGGAGGGCGCUCCUCCGAGCCGCCGUCGACGCGAGGGAUGGCCACGUGAGGAGCCUCGCCUUGUCGAGCGUCAACGAAGAGGAACCCCUCUGCACGGUCCGGAUGCAGGGCGCCGCGGAGGGCGCGAUGGACAUCCUCUGCAGAUAUCAGCAGAAGUAUGGGGUGAUGGAGAUCCACUCGCUCGGCCACGCCACUGUCCGAUAUCGCGGGGAGGCGAUCAUGGACAUCAGGUUUUCCGAGGCAGAGUUUGGCCGAAGACCGAAUAGCAAGAUGAUGAUUGCCACGUCCAUGGAUGGUCGCCAGCUGGGCACAGGAGUCCCCGAGCACGACAACUGGAAGCUCAGCGUCGCGCCCGGAGGGGACGCGGUGCUCAUCUGCUCCUGCAUGCUGGCACUGGUCCUGCAGGUAGCGAGAGGGGCCACGGCGCAGGAGGGCCCGGGCCCUGCGGGAUGGCCCGCGCAAGGGCAGGUGGGAAGUUGA